AUGGCCGCCAACGAAGCUGCUGGCGAGCACGCCGUCAUCCCUCUCAUCAUCAACAAUGACUCAGUCGUAACCGAGAACCUUCUUGAUGUUUAUGGCCCUGCAGAGGGCGAAUUCCUUUACCGCUCCGCUGCCGCCUCAGUCGACGAUGCCAACCGUGCCGUAGCAGCCGCCAAGGCCGCGUUCCCUGCGUGGAGCAAGAUGAAGCCUUACGACCGCCGGGAUAUCCUGAUGAAGGCCGCCGAUAUCAUGUACGCUCGACGGGAGGAGUUGAUCCGAUACCAGAUGGAAGAGACUGGCGCGGGGAGGAUGUUCGCGGAGAAGACAUGUCUGUUGGGAGCUGGUUUCCUGAAAGACUUUGCCGCUAGGAUCCCAUCCAUUGAGGGCUCAGUGCCCUCGGUUGGAAAGGAUGGCGAGUGCGCUAUGGUAUUCAAAGAGCCAUAUGGAGUGAUUCUGGGAAUCGCGCCUUGGAAUGCACCAUUUAUUCUUGGAGUCCGUGCCGUUGCGCUUCCUCUCGCAGCUGGUAAUACCGCUAUUCUUAAGGGCUCAGAACUGGCGCCGAAAUGCUUCUGGGCCAUUGGCGACAUCUACCGGGAAGCUGGUCUCCCCGCAGGAUGUUUGAAUAUUCUGUACCAUCGGACGUCGGAUGCGGCCGCAGUCACCACUGCUCUCAUUGCUCAUCCGGCUAUCCGCAAGGUCAACUUUACUGGAAGUACCCAGGUCGGCUCCAUCAUCGCUGCGACCGCUGGAAAGUAUGUCAAGCCGGUCCUCCUGGAGCUGGGAGGCAAGGCAUCGGCCAUCGUCCUGGAUGAUGCAAACCUGGAGAAGGCAGCAUAUUGCUGCGCCCUGGGGUCCUUUAUGCAUUCUGGUCAAAUCUGCAUGUCGACCGAACGCAUUGUGGUACAGCGGGCAGUUGCAGACAAGUUCCGUCAGCUACUCGCCGAGUCUUCGGAGAAGCUCUUCGGCAAGGCGACACCGGCACCUGUGUUGGUAACAUCUGCGGCCGUCAAGAAGAACAAGGCACUUGUCGCUGAUGCCCUCUCGAAGGGCGCCAGUGUUCUGUUCGGUGAUGCGAACGCCACAGAAUCCUCUGAGCAUAGCCUGCGGCCCGUAGUUGUGGACAAUGUCACCAAGGACAUGGACAUCUACUCUACCGAGUCGUUCGGUCCUACGGUGUCUCUCAUCGUCGUUGACAGCGAGGAAGAGGCCGUCGCGCUGGCCAAUGACACCGAGUAUGGCCUUACGUCUGCCGUCUUCACGGACAAUCUGUUCCGAGGUUUGAGAGUAGCCAAGCAACUCGAGGCUGGUGCGGUUCAUAUCAACUCCCUGACCGUGCACGAUGAACCUGUCCUUCCACACGGCGGAUGGAAGAGCAGUGGCUUUGGUCGCUUUGGAGGCGGCACGGCCGCUUAUGAUGAGUGGUUGCAGACCAAGACGGUCACUUGGACGCAAUGA